GUCCAAGCCUCAAAGGAUUUUUCCCCGGAGUGGCCAGACGGGCUGGGGGGAUACAGGAUGGAAGAGCUAAUAGGAGUAUCUAACGGGACAUGCGGACGCGCUGAUUUCUUCUAAUAUUUCAAUUACUGCUUGUGUCGGUGUGACGCCUCGCCAUGCCGCUGGUGAAGAGGAACAUCGACCCCCGCUACCUCUGCCGGGGGGAGCUCCCAGAAGGCAUCGGCAGCGAGCUGGAAUGUGUGAUGAAUAACACACUCUCUGCCAUCAUCCGUCAGCUCAGCAGCCUGAGUAAACAUGCAGAGGACAUAUUCGGGGAGUUGUUUAAUGAGGCCAACACAUUUUAUCUGCGUGCCAACUCCCUCCAAGACCGCAUCGACCGGCUGGCCGUCAAGGUCACACAGCUGGACUCCACAGUCGAAGAAGUUUCUCUUCAAGACAUCAACAUGAGGAAAGCCUUCAAGAGCUCAACCACCCAGGACCAGCAGGUGGUGUCCAAGAGCAGCGUGCCCAACCCCGUCCGAGAGAUGUACAACCUGAGUGACAAGCCUCCGCCUCUCAACAUCCUCUCAACGUACAGGGAUGACUGCAAAGAAGCUCUUAAGUUCUACACUGAUCCCUCAUACUUCUUUGACCUGUGGAAGGAGAAAAUGCUGCAGGACACAGAGGAUAAGAGGAAAGAGAAGCGGAAGCAGAAGGAGCAGAGGCGUUGUGUUGAUGGCACGUUACAGAGAGAGGUGAAGAAGGUCCGAAAGGCGAGGAACCGUCGUCAGGAGUGGAACAUGAUGGCUCUGGAUAAAGAGCUGAGGCCAGACCAUCGACACACCAUCCACCGGGACAGAGGGGCUUCCUCUGAGGGCUCCAUGUCUCCAGAAAACAGGGGUCACGGUCAGGACCAGCACCACUACCCCAAUUCCAUGAACCAUGCUGGCCACGCCCACACCUACUCUGGCCCUCCGCCCAGCGCCCUGGCAGCUCAGAUGGCUGCAGGGCACGGCCCUCGUGGAGGAGUGGAACAUGACAACAGAGGACGGCCCAUGAUGGCCUAUCAGAGCGGGACGCUGGGACGCACUCACCACCACCAACAACAAGUCCCACUGCCUCCUCCACCCUCCGAGGCUAUGAAUGGUGGCUCCACAUCCCUUCCACCCAUGGACUACAGUAUGGAUGGUUAUGCCAACACCGGUCCUCCGCCCCCUCCCCCAGCUCCUCUCAUCCCGUCUGCUCAAACUGCCUUCGCCUCACCCCCUGGAGGUCCAAUGUCUCCUGGACCGAUGACCGGUGCUGGCUACGCCCCGCCUCCACCACCUCUAUCUGGGGCCCACGCAGCUCCGCCUCCUCCUGGUCCUCCUCCUCCUCCUCUUCCAGCCGGUGCCUCCCACCCCACUACCCACAAGAUGUCUUCCUCUGCUCCUGCUGAGUCCUCAGCGGUCAACGAUGCUCGCAGUGACCUGCUAGCUGCUAUACGAAUGGGCAUCCAGUUGAAGAAGGUGCAGGAGCAGCAGGAGCAACAGGCCAAGAGGGAGCCCGUAGGAAACGACGUGGCCACCAUCCUGUCACGACGCAUCGCCGUCGAAUACUCGGACUCUGAGGACGACUCCGAGCUGGAGGAGAACGACUGGUCGGAUUAGGAAAAGAAACACUGACAUACAAUCAGCCGAUCUCACUCUCACUUGAAAGAAUGCCCACUGUAACACACGCGAGGGUAGGCAUACACUUUUGCUGGAAACACACACUGCACCUACACACAAUCACAUGCUGUAGGUUGGUAUAAGCUGAAUGGUCCAAAACUGGAAAUCUGGGGGUGUAUUCAAGAUGCAUAAACACUGUAAAACACUAAUAAUGUGCUGUAAUGCUGCCCACUAUGAAACAUUAACACACUGUUUAAUAUAUAAAACUCAAAGCAUUGUGAAUACACCCCAGUGGAUGUUUCUCUACCUGUUCUAACACUAUAGACACCCUGUUAAGGUGCUUAUUCAUGUAUAGUCCAAGCUUGAGAGUGCUAGUGCUGAUAGAAACUUUCCUCUUGAGCUAACCGAUGUACCUGUCUCUUUUUUAAAUGUUUUUACUGGAACACUUGUAGAUCAGGAGGCGGGUUUUUAACAUGACAAUAACUGUAAUAUGUCAGAGGGGUCAUGUCAGAAGUCUUAUCGAUUAUGUAUAUGAUAACUAUGGAAGCCCUUGUCCACCACGUAAAAAAGAAAAAUAUGGAAGUCAGGAAAUCCUAUAAGAAAAAAAAAUGUGGAUAAAAUUAUGAGAUAAAGGCAAUAAGUCAUUAUGAGAUAAGAAGUCCAGAUUAUCAGAUAAAAAAUAAAUCAGUGGAUGAAAGUCAAAAUGGUGAGAUAAUUACUCAUUAUUAUGAGAUAAAAUGUUAAUUAUUAGAUAAAAAGUUAUGAGGGAGUUAGUCAUGAUUGUCAGAUUAAAGGUGAAAUUAUAAGAUUAAAAAGUCACAAUAACUUAAGUAUAAGUAAGUCUUAUUAAUGAGAAAGUAAGUCAACGUUAUGAAAAGGUUAAUCAUAAUUGUAGGCUAAGACAUCAUUAUGAGAAAGUAAUUAUAAGUUAAAAAAAAUCAAACUUGGGAGAUAAAAAGUUGAAAAUAUGAGAUUAAAAAGUCAAAACAUUGAGAAAAUUUGUCAAUUUUGGGAUAAAAAGUCAUUUAAUAAUAUAGUUAGUUAAAUUCUGGGAUUAAAAAGUCAGGAGUGAAGUAAGAUAGUUAAUUAUUUUGAGAUGAAAUAGAUAUAAAAAGUAAAAGUUAUGAAAAGUUCAGUCAAUUAAAGUAUUAAAAAGUCAUAAUUGGGAGUUGAAAUUAUGAGAUAGUCAUAACUUUGAAACCAAAAGUCAAAAUUAUGGGAUAGUGUCGCUCAUAAUUAUGACUUUUUAUCCCAUAAUAAUGGCGUUUUAUCUCAUAGUUCUGACUUUCUAAUGAUUUUACUUUUAAUCUAAUCAUUGACUUUCCCCUCAUGACUUACCAUCUGAUCAUUUUGACUCUCUAUCUCAUCAUUCUGACUUUCUAUCUCACAAUUUCAACUUUUUACCUUAUUAUGGCUUUUUAUCUCAUUAUGGAUGUUGAUCUUUUUUCAACUUUGAACUCGUAAUGUUAUCUUUUUACUUUAUUACUAUGGCUGUUUAUCUUAUUUAAACUUUUAUCUUGUGAUUUUUAUUACACAAUUAUGACGUUUUAUCUCAUAAAAAUGACCUGCUUUCUCAUCAUUUCAACUUUGUAUCUCAUUUUAUGGCUAUCAUAACUCUGACUUUUACCCUCACAGUGAUAUUUCAUCCCAUAAUGACCUCCUGUCUCAUCAUUAUGAUAUUACAUUUUUUUAAUCACCUAACAUUCAUAUUUUUUCUUUUUAAAGUGGCAGACUUGGUCUUCCAUACAGAACUGAUUGAGCCAUCUGCGUCUGCAAUCGAUCACUGCUGUG